AUGCUCUCUCAUUCUUUACGUUCACUCUUGGAAAAAUUUCAACCCCUUUUCUCAACCCACUUUCGUUUCAACGAACUUCUUGAUUCUUGUUCGUCCCUUUCACAAUUGAAACAAGUUCACGCUCUCAUCCUCACUAAUGGAUCCCACAAAAGUCUCCCCGUAUCCACCAAACUCAUCAACAAGGCGGUUCUUUUAUCGCCAACAAUGGAAUAUGCCCGCCAGAUGUUCGACGCAAUGCCCCACCGAGACGUCUUCCUCUGGAACACUUUGAUUCGGAGUUACUCCCACCUGGGGCCUUGUAAAGAAGCUAUUUUUACAUACAGAAACAUGCAUCGGAGUGGAUUAUCACCCGAUACCUACACUUUCACUUCCGUGGUGAGAUCUUGUGCCAUGGUAUCUGCUUUACAGGAAGGUAAACAAGUGCAUUGUAACGUGAUUAAAAUCGGGUUCGAUGUAGAUGUGUACAUUCAGAGCUCCUUGGUGACAAUGUACGCCCAAAAUGGGGAACCUUUAGAUUCAGAACAAGCUUUUGACGACAUAGUUGUAAGAAAUGUGGUGACUUGGACUUCAAUGGUUGCAGCUAACGUACAAAAUGGAUAUUUAAUCAAGGGAUUGAAGACUUUCAUUGAAAUGAUCACUUCUGGAACUAAACCAAACGCUAUAACUCUUGUGAGUGUUCUUCCUGCUUGUGCAAGUUUACAGUUUUUGAACAUGGGAAUGUUGGUUCAUGGAUUAGGAGUCAAACUCGGGGUUGACUCGUAUAUUUCUCUUACUAAUUCUCUGAUUGCAUUAUAUGGUAAAUGUGGUAAUGUUAAGAUAGCUAGAGCUUUAUUUGAUCAAAUGGAAGCUCGAACACUGGUUUCAUGGAAUGCAAUGAUUGCUUCUUAUGAACAUAAUAAUUCCAAUGAAGCAGCAAUACAACUCUUCAAUACAAUGCAAGAAAAGAAUAUAAGUUUUGACAAUAUCACAAUGGUGAGUGUUAUUUCAGCAUGUGCGGGUCUUGGAUCAUUGGAUAUGGGUAAACGGGUACAUGAGUUAGUGAAAAGAAACGGUUUGGAUUCCAAUGUUCCAAUUACAAAUGCUCUCAUAGACAUGUACUCAAAAUGUGGGAGUUUGGAUUUAGCUUCAAAUGUGUUUUACAGUUUAUCUCAUAGAAGUGUAGUCUCAUGGACUUCAAUUAUUUCGGCUUAUGCAUCUCAUGGAUAUGGGAAAGAAGCAAUGUAUUUGUUCUCAAAGAUGAAAGAGGAAGGAAUUAGACCUAAUAGUGUUACAUUCAUGGCUAUCUUAACAGCUUGCAGACAUUCAGGACUUAUAGAAGAAGGAAAAAAGCAUUUCAAAAGCAUGUCAGAGGACUAUUUUAUCAUUCCUGGAAUAGAUCAUUGUGUUUCCAUGGUUGAUCUUCUUGGGAAAAAUGGGGAACUUGUCGAAGCUUAUGAAUUCAUUCAGAAUAUGCCAAUUCAGCCAGAUGUAGAUGUUUGGGUAGCUUUACUUAGUGCGUGUAGAAUCCAUGGGGAUAUAGAACUCGCUAAUAGAAUUUACCAAAUUACCCCUCGAAAUGUUGUUUGUGAUGUCAUUAUGAUUGAUAUGUACGCUGGAGCUGAUAUUUGGGGACAUGUUGCAAGAUUGAGAACAUGUUUGGAUGAGAAGAAGAUGAAAAGAAUAUGUGGCCAUACUUUUGUAGCUGGUUUUUGA